AUGUGCAUUUUAAUGGCCUCUGUGGCACACCCCAAGUACUCUCUGAUUGCUAUAUCCAACAGAGACGAGUUUUUUGAACGGAAAACCUCCAAUACAUGUUUGAAUCAUGAUGAUUACAUUUUGUCGCCGCUUGAUACAGCUCUCCGAAGCAACAACAAGCCAGCGCUGGGGACAUGGUGCGGGGUGAAUAGGAAAGGGAGGGUCGCAGUGAUACUAAAUCUCCGAAACAAAGAGCCAGCAAAGCGGAUACCUGUCAAGUCCCCUAUUUCCAGAGGAAGUGUGCCCAUGAAGUACUUGAUGGAUAGGGGCCCUUCCACAGAUUGGAAUAGUUUUGAGAAAUUUGUGUCAAAGUAUCCUCAGAUAACUGAAUGUGAGUUCAAUAUGUUCUACGGAGACUGCAUUGCUGGGGAAUACACGUGUAUCGAUUCGCUAGGCUACAGCUCCGAAGCGCUGACGGCUAACAAACCCAACUUAGUGCUGUCAAAUGACCACAUAGAUUCGAGUUCUAGGUGGCCAAAGGUUCAGAAGGCAGAUAUCUUGCUACAGGAAUUAGUGCAGAGCUCACAACAUGACUCUGAAGAAGAAUUAAUUGAGAAGUGUUUCGCACUAGCCUCCAACACGGAGCCUGCAGAGAUCGACAAUUCAGACAAGGAAGAAUUCACCUGUUCUAGUAUCUUCAUACCGCCAGUGGAGAUUCCUGAGAAAGUUGAUGUCGGCGCGUCGCUUCCUUGCGGCAGAUUCUACGGAACUCGCUCUCAAAUAGUAAUCUUGGUAAAGCGUCAUGAAAGGACUAUAUCAUUUACAGAGCGGGUCUUGCAUGAUUCGGAUUUUGAAGUGCCCUUGCAUUCAGAAAAGCAUCCUAAGGAGAAAUUGCAGUUCAAUUUGCAUGUUGAUGAAUCCUGA